AUGAGUGUCAUGGAUUUUGUUUCCACUUCCAUAGCAUUAACUUUAGCAGUAACUUUAGCUAUGCUUCUGAUCAGACACCGGAACGAAAGAUUGUGUGAGAAGAAAACAAGAUACCAUCCUGUUGCUGGAACUGCCUUGAACCAACUCAUCAAAUUCCCUAGGCUGCAUCAUUACAUGACGGAGCUUGCAUGCAAAUACACAACUUACAGAUUGCUCCACUUAUCCAGAAGUGCAGUUUACACCGUAGAUCCUGCAAAUGUGGAAUAUAUGCUCAAAACAAACUUUGCAAAUUAUGGAAAGGGGUUGUACCUGCAUAGCAUUUUGUCAGAUGUUCUGGGCGAUGGGAUCUUUGCUGUGGAUGGGGCAAAAUGGCGCCAUCAGAGGAAGGCAUUGAGCUCCGAAUUCUCAAGCAAAAUGCUGAGAGACUUCAGCAGUGCAGUCUUCAAACUUGGUGCAGUUAAACUUGCUCGUGUAAUUGCAACCUGUGACCAAGCAAUAGAUAUCCAAGAUUUAUUGAUGAAAUCAUCCUUAGAUUCAAUCGUUAAGAUUCUACUUGGUAUCGAGUUAGACAGCCUGUGUGGAACAAAUGAAGAAGGGAACCGGUUUUCCAACGCUUUUGAUCAAGCAAACGAAACUGCCUUACUUCGGAUUAUUGAUAUUUUCUGGAAGAUAAAACGGUUCUUAAACAUCGGUAGGGAAGCAGCGCUAAAGGAAAAUAGUAUUGUGAUAGAUCAAUUUGUGUACAAUUUAAUCAAAAGCAAGAUUGGAAUAAUCCAUCAUUUAGAAGAUAAACAAUCUUUAAUAACGAAAAGAGACUUUGUUUCAAGACUUCUGGAAUUGAAUGAGACUGAUCCAAAGUACUUAAGAGACAUGGUCCUCAGUUUUCUGGUUGCUGGAAAAGACUCACUGGCUGUUACUCCUUCAUGGUUUCUUUAUAUGAUGUGCAAGCAUCUUCAUAUACAAGAAAAGAUUGCACAGGAAGUUAGAGAAGUCAUAAAUCUGAAAGACCAUUCAAGUGUUGAUGAGCUUGCAGCAAGCCUUACUGAUGAAGCCCUUAAGAAAAUGCAAUAUCUCCAUGCAGCUUUGGCUGAAACAAUCAGACUCUAUCCUGCAGUUCCAAUGGAUGCAAAAAUGUGUUUUUCUGAUGAUACAUGGCCAGAUGGAUUUAGUAUUAGAAAAGGGGAUAUGGUGAUAUACCAACCUUACGCUAUGGGGAGAAUGAAAUUUCUAUGGGGUGAUGAUGCAGAAGAGUUUCGGCCAGAGAGAUGGCUUGACAAAAAUGGCCAAUUCCAAGAUGAAAGCCCUUUCAAAUUCACCGCCUUCCAGGCUGGUCCAAGAAUUUGUCCAGGACAGGAACAUGCUUAUAUGUAUAUGAAGAUCUUUGCUGCUGUACUCUUAGGCAGUUAUAUGUUUAAAUUAGCUGAUGAGAAGAAAGUGGUCAACUACAAGACGAUGGUCAGCCUCCAAAUCGAUGGGGGACUUUAUUUACAUGCCUUCCCAAGAUUAAGGAAUGAAUCGAAGACCUUAAAUCCCAUGCUCUAA